CUGAGACUUUCCAUGGUGCUUGCCAAACGAGCCGGAGCUGGCAUCGCCGGCAGGAGCUCUGAGGUGAGUGGGCAAAGCUUUGGAGGCCAUUGUGAAGGUAGUGAUUUCGGGGAGGAUUAAGAGAGAGAGAUAGUGAGAGGGAGAGAAAGAAUGCAGAAGACGAAGUUGUGAGGAAGGUGGGAGCGGGGUGGUGGAGGAGGAGGAGGAGGAGGACAGAAAGCUGCUACUGUGGAUCCGCGACAGUUAGUUAGUUUAGGUACCUUAAGGUGUAUCAACAGCACAGCUGAAACCGGGAAGUCAGAAUGGAGGGGUAGGCUGGAAACUGGAAAAGUGCUCUAAAAUGGACCAACGGGUAGUCCUUUUAAUGAUGAUGGAUUUCUCGCCACGACGCCUGUUAGGGUGUGUGUCUGUGUGUCUGUGUGUUUGUGUGUGUGUCGAUCGAAUUGGUAGGUUGGAUAAAGGGCUGGUCGAUGUCGACAGAUUGCCGUCAUGGACCCAAUCAUUGGUGCGACAAGACACAACCAGCGACCAGGGGAAGAGCGGGGGAAUGCGAAGGGAAGAGGGGGAGGUGGACGGUAAGUUACUUACUGUAGAAUGGGGAGAAUGAGGAGGGGGGAGGAAGAGGUAGUUAGAGGAGAGAUUAGAGAUGUAGGAUCAAGAGCAGAGAGAGAGGAAGAGGGAAAAAA